CCUGGUGAGAUGCAACUACACUUCACUGUCCAGUAAUCGUUGUUCAGGUUUCAACUUCUUCUUUAUCUUAGACCUGAAGGAAGUCUUUAUCCGACUGACAACACCUAAAAAAAUCAGCUCUUUCACUCCUAAUAUCAUGACAUCCAAUAAAACUGCACCAAAGUGGCUUCUUCAAUCAGCCAUGCCCACAGUGGUAAUUCUCACUAUCCUUCUCCCAGCUCUCUGCAGCACAGCUGAGGUGAACUGCUCCCUGCCGAACCAGCCGAGCCUCCUGGCAGCUCUGGCUCCUGCCUUCGACCUGAGUGCCAUAAGGCCCGUAGAGAACCAACGCACCUACACGAAUGUCAGCGUGUACUUCACUCUCUAUGGGAUUUUAGGGGUGGAUGAAAAGUCCCAACUCCUUGUCACUUACAUUUGGCUCUACUAUUGGUGGAAGAAUGAGUUUAUCAGUUGGGACCCAGAGCAAUGUGGCUCCAACUGGAUCUCUCUUCCCAAAGAGAAGUUUUGGCUUCCGGACAUUGUAAUCAAUGAGUUUAUGGAGGAAAAUAAAGCACCAACAGUCCCAUACGUGUACCUGUAUGAUGAUGGUACGGUGAAGAAUUCGUUUCCCGUCAGAGUUGUGAGCUCCUGUAACCUCAAUAUCUACACCUUCCCCUUUGACAUACAGAACUGCUCCCUGACUUUCAACUCCUACAUCUACUAUGCUAUGGAGAUCAGGGUGUUCCUCGGACGAGACACAGAAAUAACCACGGAGCUCUCUAAGCAGGUGAUGACCACCAUGGGAGAAUGGGAGCUGCUGGACAUCAGUGCCCAGAAAGUAGUCAAUAAUGAUGAGUCGGGCCUUUACGUUGACAUGCUUGCCUUUUAUAUCCGAGUGCGGCGCCGUGCCACCAUGUACGUGGUGAAUCUGCUGCUCCCCAGCUGCUUCCUCAUCACGUUGGACCUCCUCAGCUUCCUCCUGCCUCCUCAGAGCACAGACAGAUCCUCCUUUAAGAUGACCCUCAUCCUCGGCUACACGGUGUUCCUGCUCCUUAUGAAUGACCUGCUCCCGGUUACUGGAAACACCAUACCUUUAAUAAAUGUGUUCUUCUCUCUCUGCCUGGCUCUGAUGGUGGGCAGUCUGCUGGAGACCAUCCUCAUCACCAACCUGCUGAGCAACUCGUCUGACCUCUCUCCCGUCCCCCGAUGGAUCCGGGUGCUCUUUCUGAAUUUUCUCGGCUGUCUCGUUUGCAUGCCCCGAAAGAUUGAGAAACCAAAAGAAAAGAGGAAAAACGAUGUGUUGGCAAAACUCGAAUCCGAUGAGGGUCCUUCAGGAACGGGAGGAUCAGCUGAGGAGGACGAGGCCCUUCAGGAGCUGAAGAGCCUGAGCCACGUCCUGCAGGCCAUCCGCUCUGAGGUGGAGCAGCAGCAGAAGGAGACCCAGAGCUCGGAGGAGUGGAUCCAGUGCUGCCCGCUGAAAGUCAAGCCUUCUAAGCAGCUAUUCGUCCUCAUCUCUCUGCUGAUGCUGGCCCCAAACAGCUCCGCCAUUCUGAACUGCUCUCAGCCCAGUCCAGCCUCUCUUCUGAGAUCCCUUAAGCCGGUGUUUGAACUGAACUCUAUUCGACCUGUAAUAAAUAUGUCAGUUCCCACCCGAGUUGGAAUUACUUUUACCCUCUUUGGCAUUUUGGGAGUGGAUGAGAAGACCCAGGUCCUGACAACUUUCAUAUGGGAAACUAUACAAUGGAAAAGUGAUUUUACAUUGUGGGACCCGGAGGAGUGUGAUGUUGAAUGGAUUGCAGUUGCACGAAACCUUCUCUGGGUACCAGAUAUUGUCAUCAACGAGUUCAUGGAGAAGAACUCAGCUCCAGACGUCCCAUACACCUAUCUGCAUUAUGAUGGCAUUGUAUAUGAUGCAAAGCCCGUCAGAGUCGUGAGCUCCUGCAGUCUCAACAUCUACUUGUUUCCAUUUGAUAUUCAAAACUGCACGUUCACCUUCAAUUCUUACAUACAUAGUAGCAAUGCUAUAGACCUUGAACCUCUAGAAUCAUCAGAGCAAGUAUUCCAGGCGUCCAAAGAAGAAAUGGCAACGAUGGGUGAAUGGCAGCUAGCUGGAAUAUCAUCUAAGAAAGUAGUGGUACCAACCAUUGAGGGGUCCAGUUAUGACGAGCUUCGCUUCUUUAUCUCUGUCCGGCGCCACUCUACCAUGUAUGUUGUGAAUCUCCUGAUCCCCAGCUGUUUCCUUAUCACUGUGGAUCUCUUCAGCUUCAUGUUGCCCGUCCAAAACGUUGACCGGUCUUUGUUCAAGAUGACCCUCGUCCUGGGCUACACCGUCUUCCUGCUCAGCACUAAUGACCUUCUUCCUAUCACCGGAGACACCAUACCACUCAUCAAUGUGUUUCUGUCUCUUUGCCUGACUAUGAUGGUGACCAGUCUGCUGGAGACCAUCUUAAUCACUAAUCUUCUGAUGGGCUCCGCUCACUAUACACCGCCUCCUCGUUGGAUCAAAGUGUUUGUUUGUCACUUCUUGGGUCGACUCGUGUGUCUUCCACCAAAGCCGGAACAUCAAGAAGACCUGGUGAUCAAGAAUCCGGAUGCACGAGAAAUGGAGAAUGUGCCCAAAGAGAAUGAAAUGGCUGAGAGAAAGAAGACACUAAAAGAAGAGGAGACACUGCAGGUUCUGAAGAACCUGGGAAGGGAUCUCCAGGCCAUCCACCAGCAUGUUGUUCAACAGCUGAAGAGAAGCCUCGGCUCAAAGGAAUGGAUCCAGGUUGGCCUCGUCAUCGACCGCCUGCUGUUCAUCUUUUACAUCAUCUUUUUAUCAGUCAGCUUUAUUUCUAUCAUCAUUAUCUGGGUCAACUCAUAUAACUCAGUGUAACUCUCAGGUUUUUUGUUUUUUUUUUACACCAAUCAUGUUUUCAAUCUAAAUGAUUAUUCUAACUCGUGACAGAAAGGUUAAUCUUUUUCUUUAAUGCCUUGGAUGUUAUUUGCUUUAGAAUAUAAUUUGCCUAUUUAACAUCCACUCAUCUAUCUUCCAUAACCCCUUA